CUGACCUUCAAGUGGAGGAAAUUUAAAACUGUGAAUUAUGUUGACCUUGCUUUGCACUUCAUUACUGAGCUGAGGAAACUCCUAUUUCUUCUAGUAAUUCCUCAGAUCACUGACUGUUUGGUUUAAUUUGUUUGUGACAAAUUAUUUCAUCAUUCAAAAUCGAGACUAUGGAGCGUAAUUUUUCGCUUCUUUGUUAAAUAUUGUAAUGAUUUUUGGAUGAACAUGCGAUGAAUAUUAAUUGGUAGGACUCAUUAAGAAAUUACCGUUGGUAAAGAGAUGAAACCGUAACAACUGUUCCAAUAAAUCGAAAGUAACGACAUAGUUGACCAAAGCAUUUUGGAUUUUUAUAAACAGUUAGACAUGUUUUGGUAUAAUCACUGGUCAGAGUGUUUGAGACGGCUUAAUACAACUAGUUCCUUUAAGUUUCAACUUCGCUGCAUUUUGAGAGCGAAAUAUGAGAUGUACCAUAUCAGCUACAGUACAAAGAGUGAAAACAAAGACUUUUACUAAGUCUUUAAUAUGAUGAAACAAUUAAUGCUUUCGGUUGAAGUAUAUUCCGGAAUAAGACUAAAAUAAAGGUCGAAAUCACUAAGCUACGAUGUUCAUGAAGAAAAUUGCAAGCACCUGAGUCAGUUAAAGCAUCUGCAUGAUCAAAAACGUCUUACUAUAUUAGAAUAUCCUAUUAUCACUUCGCAGUUCUUAAUAAUGACUUAUUCACGUACCAUUUGUAGUGUUCUUCCACUACAAAUAGUUUUUUCAAGCUAACCAUUUAGCACACUAAUUUCAACCGUGAUGGAUGUAAUACAAUCCCUUAGAAACUUCAGCGAAAAGCUUUAUAGGGAGAUUUUGAAAAGAAACAAGAGUAAGUGCGUCCCUCACGAUGUAUUUGUUGCUUCCAGGUUAUUUGGAGAAUACAUUUCUCUCCCCUUUCAAUAUCUAUACUGCCCUCGGAAUGAUCUUCUGUGGAAGUGCAAACAAUACGAAUGCUGAGUUGAUAAAAGCGAUGCAGUUAUCUGAUUGCUUGGAACAGGAAAUAAUCCACAGCGCGAUUGGUGAACUUCUGGCUGAUCUUUCGAAGUCUGAUGAGAGCGUUGAGAUAAUCACUGGAAAUAGAAUCUAUGUAAAUGAAGAUGUGCAGAUUGAGAAACGAUUUAGAAAUAUCAUCAAGCAGCAUUACAAUGCACUGACUGAGCAUGUUGCGUUUCAUACAGAUCCUGAAUGUGCUCGGAAUCGAAUUAAUCAGUGAGUUAGUGAACAGACCAACGGAACAAUCCAGGAACUGAUCCCACGUGUGGCUAUAUCGCAAGAAACGUCAGCUGUUGUGCUAUCCAUUACAUACUUUAAAGGAUUCACACGACAGCGAUUUCUUCAAACUUGACGGAUCAACAAUGAACGUGAAGUUAAUGUAUAAUCUAUCCUGUUUCAGUGUGGUCAUCUUACCAGAUUUGGAAUCGCGAGCUAUCAAGAUACCGUUUAAAGAUCCGAAGUAAGCUUGAUUAUUAAUGUACCUGUUUUAAAAUGUUUGUUUAGACCUGACCAUGAAGCACUUAUGGUGUUCUAAUGCUUACAUCUUGUUGAAUGCCUUGUUUUGAUUGCAUAGUCUGAUAACUGGAUUACGAGCAACUCAAUGACAGAGAUGCAGCUUCAAAUAAUGCUAACCUAACUAAAGCUGACUGAAGUCAAAAAUAAAUGGAUAAUUUACAUCAUAUUCAACUUACGCAUGUUGCCCCUCAUGAAGGAGGAUAGGCCUCCCACCAUCAUUCUCUAUCCAACUCUGUCAUGGGCAAUCUUUUCCAGCUGCUAUUGAUCCUUCUGAUUUGUGAUUCCAAUUUUCGACUUAGUGCGUUCUUUGACCUUCCUCUUUUCCGUUUCCUUUCAGGAUUCCAAGUAAGCUCUUCCCUUGUGACGCAGUUUGAUAAUUUCCUCAAUGUGUGUCGUAUCCACUUCCAGUGACUCUUCCUAGUUUCCUCUUCAGCUGGAAGCUGGUUUGUCCUCUCCCACAAUAUACUGUUGCUGAUGGUAUCCAGCCAACGACAUUGAUCAUCUUAUGUAGACUGCUGUUUAUUAAUGCUUGUACCAUUUUGAUGAUGGUUGUGGUAGUUCUGGAAGCCUCAGCUCCGUACAGUAGAGCUAUCUUGAUGUUCGUAUUGAAGGUUCUCACUUUGAUGUUGGUUGACAGUUGUUUUGACUUUCAUGUGUUCUUCGACUGUAGGGAUGCUGUUCCUGCUUUGCCAAUCCUCGCCCGUAAGUCUGCAUCAACAUUCCAUGUACCACUCAAAAUUGUUCUGGAUGUUAGAAGGGGCAUUGGCCUUGUGACUUGCGAAAAAUCCCGGUUUUCACUAUGAUGCGUCAUAAACCUUCCUUCAACUCGGAAGUCAGAAUUUAAAUGGUUUAAUUUAAUUAUUCUGGUUAGCGUUUUUUAAGCAAGGUUGUUGAAGCCAUUCCCAACCCGCCUGAUUUACCCUGGCUUGGGACCGGCAGUAGCCCUAGAAUAGCUACAUGCGGAGUUUCACAGUAGGAUAAAUUGUCUAAAAUGAAUACACAUACAUAUCUGAACAUAUUACAUUGUUUGCUGAACUGUGUUUCUUUGUUUUCAAAUUAUUGUUGAUCUAGAUAUGUGUUAUUGAUUGUUCUUCCAAACUCAAACGAUGGAUUGCCAGACUUACUGAAUUUGAUGUGUGAAUAUGGUGGCAUUUCUUCGAUACUCUCCCGUAGGUUUGAAGACACGUCAUUGAAUUUAUAUCUGCCUAAAUUUAAGCUCAAAGAAGGCUAUUCAUUUAGUUUAAAAGAUCAUUUAGAAGAAUUGGGAAUAAAGGACGCAUUCAGACCACUAUCAGCUGACUUUUCGAACAUUUCAGUCUCGAGGGAAUUAUGUGUAACGGAUGUUUUACACAAGUCUAUACUCGAAUUAAGUCGAACAACUGAAGCGAUUAUUCGUUUUUUCACUUAAGCAUGAACUUUCGUAGUUCUGUGUAAACGUGAGUCACAUAGAGUAAUUGGUGGAUGCUAACAGUCAAAAAUAUCUUGAUUCGCAGUUGAGAGCUUGUUUAGAUACGUAUCAUCAUCAUCAUCAUCCUCAGGCUUUUAAGAUUUAUGAAUUAAUGAAACUCAAGCAUGGUUUUGACACUUCAACUUUGGUUCUUGUUAUCUUGAGAGCCAUUCAAAUUAAAUUAUGAGAUAAAUUUUGAAAGUUGAUGGUGUUGUUUUGUAUCCGGUGUUUCAUUGGGGUUCUUUGACGGAAAGGCCUUUAAACAUGUGUCCUCUUCUACGGAGAUAGUAUUUAUUAAUAGCUAUUUUAGUUCAUGUUUAAGCAAUAGUGUUCCAUUCUGUCUUUGGAAUUUGGACUGUGUACAUCAAAAUGACUUUGUCGGAGGUCAAACAAAUAACUAGUGGAAAUAAUUAAAACAUGUAAUUAAUGAGCUGAAAUUAGCCUUUCUUGAAGUGCUACAUUAUUUUUUGCUAAGAAUUUCAUACUCGAUCAAACAUAAAGUAUUGAAUAAAACAACUUCUGUCUGAGUGUAACAUGCGUCAGUUUACUUUCAGUUUGGUUUUUGUUGACUUAUUUCAUCAUUCUGUACAGAUUGAUGAGGAAGGUGUCGUAGCUGCUGCAGCCACUUUGUGUAUAUUCGCUGGAUGUGCACUUAAUUCUUCCAAACCUGUGGUAGAAUUUCGUGUUGAUCAUUCAUUCUUCGUUUCGAUUAUCUGGAAUAAUACUCUACCAAUAUUUCUGGGACACGUUACGACUCCAGUGAAUGACUAGUGUGGUAUGGUAUACGAAGAAACCUUAGAGAACAAUUAUUUUUGUGCUUACUAAAUUAUAUCAAACUGCAUAUUUUGAACUUCACUAUUCCUUGACUAAUAAAUAACAAGUAAUUUUAAAAAACGGUGAUAAUUUUAUCUAUACACCAUCACAAGUGCUCUCUAUAUUUAAUCAGUGUUCUGACAAACGUAUUCUUAUAUGUAUUUCUUUAAACAUACUUUUGCAUUAUCUUCGGCUAACUGUGGAACAUAAAGUUGAAAUGCUAGUUGUCGUAGCGAAUAUGCCGUAUGAUCUUUGCUUCUAUUUGUUGGCUAAUUGUUUUGAAUUACUUAGCUGUGUCGAGGUCGUCAGGUUCUGCCUGAAUGAUUUUACAGUGGUGUUAGUUGCGACGACGGCGGCAUAGACAUUUAACUGAAGUUUGUAAUCAAGGUUAGACGCAACAUAUCAGGGAUUGAUAGUAAAUCAGUUGAUAAGAUUGUAAAUCUUAGGGGCGGCCAAAGCUUGAAGUCACUAACUUCUAGUCUUAGCCAUGUUGGUAGAUACAGACUACUUGGUUGUGUUCCGCAUGACUAUCGUAACCAAUGUUUGGAGACAGUGUGACUUGUCUCAGAACCGAUCAAAAUGGCGUAGGUGUAUACACUCUCUGCCUUCACUUAAACCUUGAGAUUACUUACUUUCUGCGAACUAAUUCCUUCUCCCCGUAACAUAUCCUUAUAUACAAUCGUUUUUUAUAUAUUACUACCAGUGAAGUAACUACUUUAUGAAUUCGGUGUUAAUUUUGUUGUGCUAAUGAAGUGUGGCAACUUGUACCGACGCAUAUAUGUGCCUGGUCUUACGUUGUAGCUGACUGACUAACAUAAUUUCAUUUCAAAACUGUAACCAUUGUCAGUUACAUCAACUAGUUGUGGAUUAUUGUAAAUGUGAGAUAGUUUGUCGUUAUUGUAAUGAUUUUGAGAUGUUAGCAAUCACAAAACUACUCUUAACAAAUCGUGACAAUCUGCUUGAUGGAGAUGUUUGUCAGGAGGUUGUUUCAAUUCAGUACAAUCUACAUAUUCAACAUACAAAAAUAUGGUUCGUUUAGAUGAAUUAUUAAUUUACCAAUGAGCAUUUCAACAUUCAUCGUCUCAUAAUAUACAUUGUACAGGGUUAAUAUUUCCUGCAGUCGCUUCCCCUCACAUCGAAACGAAAAAACUAUAGUUUUGCUUGGUAGAAUUUAUGUUUAAGAAUCUAAGUAUCAGCUAAGUUAGACAUUUGUGAUACAGCUGAUGAUGCCACAGUUAUUUGUGGUUUGACAACGUUUUAACCAGUAAUACAUUCUGUAAUUGAAUCGUGUCCACCCAGUGGAAUCAAUAGUCUGAAGCUAGGAGAUUCGAAGAUACAUUAGGUAGGUUGUCAACAUAUGGAGAAGGGACUGAUCAACACUGGCUAGCGGUUGCAGGAGAAGUUGAGCACAGCGUUCCCACUCGUGAUGUGGUGCCGGAUAUGUGACCGAGCACAUUCGACUAGGUGAGUCCAUUAAAACUAAUGUGGUCAGCAUGAAAUCUUGAAGACUUACAGAGCUAUUGAACUUGGGAAUCUAUUUACCGCUACACAGCUGUCUAAAUUAUAAAGAAUUCUUUGACCAUUGCUCGAAUACCAUGGAAAUGAGGUACAAUAUCGGUGUGCUACAGUUCUUCAAAAUCCAAUUGCUCAUUGUUAAUGUUAUGU